AUGAUUUGGUACAAUGCCGCAUCCUGGACCGACGUCCUCUUCAGAUGGGAGGGAACGACCAUCCAGGCCUGCUGUAACAAGCUGGGCCUCUUCUUUGUUUACCUGGUGACGGCUUUUCUUCUCGAAGAGUUCCUCGACAUGAACUUCGGGAACGCCUUCAAGCACAGCGAAAUUUGGGGCAAGUGCCUUUGCUUUCUCAUCGUCUUCCGUGCCAACUCCUCCUACAAGCGAUACUGGGAGGGGCGGAUGCAUGCAGUCGAGUUUUACUCGAACCUGCGAUCGGUGGUGAUGUUGGCCUGCGGCCUCUUCCGAGGAGGGCAGGGCCAGUACCUCUGGAACCGCAGGUGCGGAGAGGAUGGCUUCAAUCUUCCAUGGAAGCAGAGCUUGGAUGACGAGGACGAUUACCGGGCCUCCCACGCCCGCAUGGACGUGGUCCGGUUCGCCAUCGCCGCCGCUGUCGGCCUCAAGAUCCACCUCCGGAUGAGUAGCUCUGGCUACUACGACGGCGAACUGGAUGACUACGACAAGUGGCGGCUGAACUGGGACCGCAUGCGCCUACGAACGCUGAUGACAGAGGAGGAGUUUGGUGAAGUGGAUCGUGCGAUCCAUGUGGAGGAGACCCACGAGGAGAUGCAGCUCCUCUGGUCCACCGGCAAGACCGAGCCCCAGGUGUUCCACGAGCGAAAAGCGCCGCAACACCCGAACGGAAACUUCUUGGUGUCCAUGGAGCCUUCCUAUCGCCAGCUGCUGGUGAUUAUCAACUUCCUCCUGAUGUCAAUCAAGCUGCAUGCCAACGAGCCGUAUGGCUUCAAGGAGCGCUUCCUUCCAGAAUUCAUCAAAAUGAGCACCAUGCUCAUGAGAUCGCAAGACCGCGUGAAUACCGCGCUUUGCACGCCUCUGCCACUUCCCUACGUGAACUUGGUCCGGCUGCUUUUGUUGCUCUACCUCCUCUCUGUGGUGUUCUACAUCCAACACGAGGACGGGAUUUGGGCCAACGUCUUCAUGCCCACCGUUGCAGCACUGGCCUUGCUGGGCAUCGAUCAGAUCGGCACCGAGCUUGAAAACCCGUUCGGAGACGAUGCCAACGAUCUGGAUGUGCAGGAGAUGAUCUGCACUUUCGAGAAGGAGAUGCUUCGGUUCUUAGACACUCAGCAGGCAGAGCCGAAGAGUGAACUCUCCGGCGACUCCUCCGCCCGCAGCUGCUUUGUAUGGCUUCCUGUGCCGCAGUUCAUGCAAGAUGAAUGCUCCAAGCCCUGGCAAUGGUACGUGGCCGUGAAGAGCCAGGUGGAACACAUCAGCAUCCCUCGUUCGCGUGGGGUUAGCGGUGUGCACAUGCACAACUUGAACGCGAAGACCGGGCGAACGUGA